CCAAGCAACCUCCCGACCGCACAGCUAGCGGCGGCUCGGUGGGUGACGACCCGCCGCCGCUCCCAUUCCCGGCGACGGCGCCAAAGCCAACUCCCGCUGAGCCUCCCACCUCCCACCUCCCACCUCCCCUUCCACACAUACACAUACACACCACACACAUACAUACACAUACACGCACACACACACACACACACACACAGACACACACAGACACACAGACACACUCGACGUAGACACGAGACGCAUGGGCUCAUCCCACUCACGCACCAAUGGCGAAGGUGGGGGGCAUGAGAGUGGCGGGUUUGGGCAGACCUUUUCCGCCUCGGCAGGCCUGGGAACAGGUCGAGGAGCAAGUCGAGGUGGGGGAACUCCGUCGACUGCGCCAGGUGCUACCCCAUCGACUCCCUUCCACGACCAUCUCUGUGCACCAGCCGGGAUCAAGGUCAUUCAAUCGGCAGCUGCUGCUCAACUCGCUGGUCAAGGUCAAGUCGCCAGCAUCGCCGCAGAGCUGGCAAAGGCCACCCUUGCCUACGGCGCCGCUCUCGACUCGGCCGCAUCGUCCCUUGAUGCCCUGGCAAAGAAAGAAGACUCCGGCUUUGGCACAGGUGCAUCACGUGCUCUCAUCGAGACGUCAAAGGCCCUCGCUGCCGCUGCUCACGUCAACAGCACUCGCGGCAGCUCGCUCAAGGCCGACAUCGCCCAAGAGGCCGCUCGCGCCUGCGCCUACGAGGCAGAGUGCUACGCAUCGUUUGAAGACUCGCUCUCAUCCGCCUUUGACGCUUACGAGUCGCUCCUGCACAACAUCGAGGUCGCCGCCGCUGAUGUCGCAGCUCGCCCGGUCUCGGCCGCCACGCUCUCAAAGUACGACACCGACAUGCUCGACGCGCGUCGCCGCUACGAGGCGCUAGGCGCAGAGAUGCAGCGCUUCCUAGGUGUUGCCUACCAGAUGCAGCGUCUGCGCUUUGUCCGUUUUGAGGAUGCUCUCUCGUCGCUCACUCACUUUGCCGCUCUCGCUGCAGGUGCGCCCGUCGGCGGCCUCACCUCGCGCCCGGCCCGCUCCUCGCACUCGCGCACCUCGUCCGAGGUCUCCAUCGACAGCUCUCUCGACACGGCCUCCUCGCUUCCGUCCGUGGGUGCCUCGUCGCGGGCCCGUGCUCGCUCCGUCACCGCCGCCUCGACAGACUCGGGCCUUCCCGAUGGUCGCCCACGCUUUGUCUUUGCCGACGCGGACAUGGCCGAUUUUGUCCGCUCCCACGCCAUGCCGCCCGAACACCUCGACCCGCCGUCGCACCACUCGGCCUUGCAUCCCAUCUCAGCCCCGGCUCUCCACCCGCUCGUCAACACCCCGACUCCCACCCCGCUUGCCUCGGACUCGAUGUCGUCGCUGUCAGACACCGCCCAGCGCCGCAAGCGUCGCCGCAAGCGCAAGCCCGCGCUCUCGCCCAACGCCGCCGCCGCCUCGCGCCGUCGCCGGAGACGCCGAAAACGCCGCUCGGACACCGGAGACGAUGGUGACGCCGGCGACGACGGCGAUGACGGUGAUGACGGCGUACCCGAGUCCGAGUCUACACCCGCCUCGCCGCUGGCGUGUCAGCCGGCUCCGGUCGCCCAUUCGCAGCGUGCAUCGCAGCGUGCAUCGCAGCGCGAGUCCGACACAGAUCCGCCGUCGUCGCUCACCACCUCGCGAACCAUCACAUCACCCAACUCGUCGCCAGGCGCUUCAUCAUCGGGUGACUCGUCGUCGGGCGACUCGUCGUCGACAGGCAUCGCCGCACCACCGCCGCGCAGUCCCGAAAGCGCCUCUGACACUGCCGCUGCUGCUGCCGAUGCCGACGCCGCUGCUGCUGCCGAUGCUGACGCCGCUGCUGCCGACGCUGCUGCUGCCACCGCUGCUGCCCUUGCCCUUCUCACCCCGGUCCGCCCAGGCGCCGCUGCUGGCGUCAAGUGCGCCCUGCCCAAGUCGUCGCUGUCGGGCACCGCCACCGCCACAGGCUCGGGCUCGGACUCGGGCUCAGAGUCGUUUGCCACCGACGCUGCCAACCCCGACCUUGACACCGUCACCUCGGAGCUCGAGAUGCACACGCCGAUGACCUCGCUGCGGCCGGCCGACGCCGAUGCUGCUGCUGACGCCGCUGCCGCCGCCGCACUUGCACCGCCGCCCAAGGCGCCGGCCUCCGAGGGCGUCGCUGACCGGGCACUACGCAUCCGCGGGCGGGCGACGCCGUCGCGGAUGGACUCGGGUACAUGGCGCGAGUAUCGCAACAUGAGCCUCAAGCGCACCUUUGGAUCGGCGUCGAAGCGGUUCCAGGGCCUGCUCGCCGAGCUCGACGCCGCCGCAGACGACUCGUCGCCGCCGCCGUCGCCGUCUGCGCUCCUCAUCGAGGCCCGCGAGACCGAGACCGAGCUCGACAUCAACUCGUGGUCGUCGAGCGACGGCAACUCGUCGGCAACGCUCAAACGCGCAUCAACAGCCUCGCUCGCGGCAUCGUCAAGUCUAGCCAAGGCGCCGUCAGCCCGCGAGCUCCGCUCGUCCUUCUACGACGAGCUCAUCGACGACCUGCUCUGACCGCAUCUAGCCAAAGCCUCUGCGCUUGUUUACAAAAGCACCGCCCGGAGCGCAAUGCCGAGCGUGACCAGUGCCACAAUAGUGAGUCCGCCAGCAAGCCGCGGUGUCACCACAUAGCCGAGGAGGCCAAAGCCCUCGGAAAUGCUGUUCUGGUAGACGAGGAGCGAGGUGUCGAUGCCAACCGACCGCCGCAUCGUCGCCAGCCGCUGGAUCUCGGACAGAA